CAUAGGAACUGGAAUGUUUACACUGAUACAGGAAGCUACGAUUGUUCUGUGUCCGCUGCUAUUUUCCCUCCAGUUGUGGACAAAUCUGCUGCUCGACAGUGAUGAGUUUUUGUGCUCGGCUCUGAAAAUAGCGGCUUCAUGGACAAUUUCCAGCACCAACAGUCUGUGUGGAAUUUAGUAAAGGAAAAUGUGCCCUGCUCUGAACUUCCUGAGAUCAGAGCUGUGCUUGGAGAUGCACUGAUUGAUACUUACACAGAGUUAUAUUCAGAGGUGGAGAUGUGGGAGAAGAUUUGGCAGGAGCUGCAUUUCUCAGAGCGGGGCAGCAGGCCAGAAGCCCCUGUGUUUCCUCUGGCUGACCCUCCAGCUCUUAAAGAGUUGCUAAAAGCAGAGAUUCAAUUGUUGCUGCUCACUCUGAGGGAGAAAGCAGCCAGACAGGGCAGAGAUGAAGAGGAGGUCAUUUCCCAAUACAGUCCCAGUGUGGUAAGUUAUGCACUGGGCAACACAAAAAGACAGAGAAGUCCAGGCACCUGGCGUGAAAGGAAAUCACCUUCCAGACCCCCAUCAAGCUUGAGCGAGACUGGAAGCAGGUCAGUCUCCAGCUUCUCAUCUCACUCCAGCUGUGAGGAGGAAAUCAAGGCCUUAAGACACAAGUUGAACAUCACCCAUAUCGAUGAGGUAGUGGCCCAUCUCAGGUCAGUCCUGACUGAAGAAUCUGAAGCUUUGAGAAAAGAUGUGCAGGCCUUGCAGGAAAACCUUGAGGCUGAGCGAGUCAGUACUCAGACAGAGCCUGUGUGCCCUGAACCCACAUUAGCAGAGCUCAAAGAAGAACGGAGACUAAUUCAGAGGGAUCUGAAUGUUCAGGGUUCAAUGAGCUGCUCCUACAAAUCAAACAAUCGGAGUACCAGAAACCCACAAAAACACACAAGGGGAGCACUUGAACUAGCUCUUUCUACAGAUGACCCUGAAACCGCAAAUCCAUUAAACUCAGCACCUUCUUGUUUGAAACCAUGUCCACCCAGAGAAACGAACCACACGAGGAGCAAUCGAGCAUUAACGAUCUCCUCAGACGCCGACUCCACUGUCUCUGUGUCUGCUCUGGAGUAUGAAGACAACAUGUACAAACACAGAGGACAUUCGCUGAGAGCUUCAGCCUUCAGACUUAUUCCUGCAGCCUCCGUCAAACACUUUCUCCAGCAGAUAGAGACAGGAAACGGCGAACCAGAACAUCUCCAUCCCACACCUCCCGCAGUGCAGAGAACAGCCGACAGAGGGCGCAAAGUGCCCCGACAGAUAGACUUCUCUCAGCCGGACGGCUUGCUCACUUCUCAUUGACCGAGAACACACCAUUAGCUGGACGUUACAGCUCAAUUCAGUCUUUAAACGUCGGGAAAAAAUCAGGUAAAACACACACCAAGAGAUAAAAGACCAAAAGCAGAAGCUGAUCUUUAAAAUAAACUUUAUUUACCAUUUCAAAUUGAACAGUUUAAGAUAUACAGCUGACAAGACUAAGACAAAUUCAAUGCAGUUUGGCCCUAAAGUUGAAAAGACGUGGUUAGAUAUGUUGGAUCAAGUACUGAGCUCAUGUCAUUGUGCUUGUCAUUCUACUUCACCAUGAGCACAGAAGUAUACACACGCUCACACACUCACACACACACACUACUGUAAAUAUAUCGUUUGUUUUAUAUAGGAGGUAUGGGAGAGAAUGGGAUUUAUUUUUUUGCUGUUGUGAAUUAUUUUCUGUUGCUUUCAAACACGUGUCUUUAAAGUGCCGUGACCACAUGAAAAUACAUGACAUUUAUUUGAAUAAACAUUUCAGUGUAACCAAAAUAAUUCACAGUUUCGGUCCAGAUGUGCUGAUUCGGUAGUUGUUAAGGGUCUGUUCAAA